AUGCUGAGGUGGGAGGUCGUCCGUGGCAUAGGGAGCAGGAGGCGGGGCCUCCGCUGCUUCCGGGGCCUCCGCUGCCUCGCUCUGCUGGUCCAGCGCGCGGUCCUGCACGCCGAGGAGGAAAGUCUGCACCUGGCGCACUGCGGCAGUGCGGCGCUCCGCAGCCAGAGCGGCAGCCAGGGGGGCUACGGUGGAGAGUACUUCGAGUAUACCCCGGGCAUCCUGAGGGCCUACGUCAAGCCCGUGCAUUGGGAUACAUUGACCUUCAUGCUCGAGCCCGUGCUCGCGAAGCGGAUGGGAGUCAGGCUCAUAGGGCCAGAGCAGACCGCCUGGGCGCGCCAACUUCCACAGAUAGAGAUGCAGCUGACCGCGGCUGUCGGGUCCGUUUUCGUGGUCGCAUGCUCGGUGGUCAGAGCGCUUCCGAGGGAGUGCUACAUCUACAAGGAGUGCGAAGACCUCGACGGGCUCUGCUGCCCCAACCACGAGGGCACGAUGCUGGAGUGUUGCAUCCUGGGGGCUAUCACAUUAAAUAACCAGCAUCUGAUGGACGCCGCGGAGUCGGCCAAGAGAAAUGCAUCGGCGGUGGCCAGGGAGGCCAAGGACGUAGCACGCAAGGCCGAGGAGGCGGGCAAGAUGGCGGAGGCGGCCAGGGAGAAGCAGCGGAAGUUGAGGAAGGACGUCGAAGAGGCAGAGAAGGAAGCGAAUGCUGCCAAUCGAGAGUACAAGAAUGCAACACGACAGAUCAAGGCCGCCAAGUGCGAGAACAACAAGGGGUGCAUCGAUCAGGGGCUCACUGGCUUCUGCUGCCCCACCCUAGUCGGGCAGGAGCUCAUCGGUGGGAUGCUCGGCUGCUGCAGUGCCUGA